AUGACAGAAGGUCUAACUCGAAGCUUGCCGGAGAUAGCCGAGUUGUUACGAUCGGUAGGCUUGAUGUCACAAGGGACCGGCCAAAAUGCUUCCAGCCUCGCGAAUAUCGAGCAAAACAGAAUGCUUACAAAGACUUUCACCACUCGAGAGAAGGCAAGGCCCGGCAAUCUGGGACAAAGUGUUUCUUAUGAGGAUGAUGACGGCGCUGGAGCGACAGAGUCUAAUACAGCAAGGACAUCCACAGCACCAAAGGAGCAGGCGUGGAUAAGAAAAGGUGUCGAACAUUGGGAGGAACAAACGUGUAUACAUUUCACAAACACCGCCACCGUAUCCGCCAAGUCCUUGCUAUUUGUUAAUCACUCUGCGUGCUCUUCCAGUGUCGGGUAUAUAGACGAUGGAUCAAGUUUUCAUAAUAUCUCUAUCAGUUUUAAUUGUUUACGAAAAGGAAUAGUAGCCCAUGAGAUAGGCCACGCCCUUGGCUUCUGGCACGAACAAGCUCGUAAUGACAGGGACGAAUACAUUACUGUCAUUAACGACAAUGUGGAAUUAGGUAACACCCACAACUUUAAAAAACUCUCGUGGGGAGAAAUCACCAAUUUUGCGGUCCCCUACGACCUGGGCUCUGUCAUGCAUUACAGUGGAGAGCAAUUUGGACAGUUGACAGCUAGGGAUGAAAGCCAGUUGACCAUCCGUACCAAUAAACCCUUGCUUCAACACACCAUUGGUCAGCGGGAAGAGUUGUCGUUUUUUGACGUGAAACUGGCGAAUCUUGCAUACUGCAAUGAUACCUGCUCCCCUGACCAGCUAAACGGUACCUGUCUGUAUGAAGGCUACCAGGAUCCAAAGAACUGCUCCCGAUGCAGGUGUCCAGACGGCCUGGGAGGGGACUUCUGUGAUACGGUCGCCACGUCAGCAAACUGCGGUGGAAUUAUUGAGCUACAAACGGAUGAAACUAAACGAGUUGCUUCCCCUGCGUAUCCGUCUUACUACAGACCGGGAGUGAAAUGUUACUGGCUUAUAAAGUCCCCAAAAGGUACAGUCAUCAAGCUGAGGUUUGUGGCGCCAUAUAUGCAGAGUGAUACCUGUUCUCAAUCAAACCCCUUCACACCCUGCGAUGACUUCUUAGAAGUCAGAACCUCUGACAAUCUCGGGCUUACUGGAGGUCGAUUUUGUUGCAAUGACACAUCACAGACAAAGCUCAUGCAGUUCCCAGUGGUCUCAGACGCUAACCAUAUACUGUUGCUGUUCAAAACCGUCUAUGGAGUCACAAGAGGGUUUCAAGUCGAUAUCUCCUCUGAAAGCUGUGGUGGCUGUGAGGAUACUGUCACAGAGAAACAAUACCGUUGUAAGCGGCAGGUGAAACGGCCGUGUGAGCAGACAUGGUCAACAGUAGAAGUUGAUCCGUCCUGUAUCAAUCCAUACACAGGAUGUACCAGGGAAAAAACUGUUUUUCAUUCAAGGACGUCUGAGUGUUUAAAGUCGGAAUCCUAUUGUUGCGAUGGUUUUACCAAAGAAUUAAACCAACCGUUUUGUACCAAGGACGCCGUAUCUCGUAUUGAUCCUAUUAUAUCCUCAUCGAUUACGACGGAGGAAGCUAGAACAACUGGGCCACAAGGAUGGAAUACUUGGUCUGAUUGGUCCUCGUGUUCAGUUUCAUGUGGUGGCUGUGGCCAACAAUCAAGAAAUAGAACAUGCCUUGAGGGGCAGACGUGCAGCGGUGCUAAUACCGAGACACAGCCAUGCGGAACUACACCAUGUGACACGGGGAACACUCAACAGACCUGCUCUUCCACAAAAACUGUAUCAAUAUCCUGCAUGUUCGUUGGUACAUGUUAUAAAUUGGUAACUGAGUACUACAGCCAGCCAUCAAAGUGCUGUUGCGGAUUUGAAGUUGCGAACAGUCUUUGUGUGGUCAAACAACGGAGAUAAAUCUGAUUGUCGAUACAACGCUUGCGUUCCCGAACUGUUAAUAUGUGCUUCGGAGUUGUGUUUAUUCA